AACACGACAGUGGGUGACACCAAAACGGAUUCAUCGCAAAGGGAGGUUGAACUGGUUUAUAACUGCGCAGAGAACCUUACUGUUUAUUGUGGGUGGAGGGGGUAGCCCCAAAGUGGAGUGAAUACGACACUUUCGGAAACUGCGUGACAAGUUCAAACAGACAGUCAACUAAAAAAAUAAAUUGUGUUUUAGAUGACGCGCAAAGUCGCAUAAACAAAAGACACAAAAGAAUUUACUCUGUUCUCUUCAUCGGUAAUUCACACUCUGUAACACAGCGGCUGUGUGAACUGAGGUGGAAACGGGGCGGAGCUGAUCCACAUUGAAGCAGCGGAUAUAAAAGCGAGAGCGGACUUAUAGAGAUAAGCUGAUUACAGCUGGCAGUAGGACUGUCAUAUGCAGAUCACAACUAGUCCAGUCUCGAGAAAACAUCACGCGCCUCACAAGAAUUCGAUAGUCCACUGCUGAAAGAUGAGACUUUUUCUCUUUUGUGCCCUCCUAACGGGAGCGCUGACUAAUGGUUUACAAGACUCUUUUACAGUCAUCACAGACGAGGAUGAACCAGUCACAUUCGACUUUUUGAAAUACAAUAAAGCAUCUGAGAAACUUGCUCCGAAGGUUGUCAUCGUCCAACAGCCAAAAUACGGAGCGUUUGCUAGCUCACCAGACGGAAAUCUUAACGUACAAAAUGAAGUUUGCGACGCUCAGACAACAUACAUACCGCGGGAAGACUUCUCAGGCGAAGAUGUCUUCGUUUAUUCGUAUCUAUACGAAAACCUUACGACGACUUCCGAUGGGGAUCUUCAGGCUCGAAUCAUUGUUCGACCAAAGCCGGGUACAAUCGUGGCGCGGUCUGAUGAGGUGACUAUGACUGCCGAUGACGGUCACGUGCACAUCCCGGUUCUGAAGAACGAUUACAGCAAGGAUGGUUCCGGUGUCUGUAUAACAACGGAGGAAGAGAACCAUUUCUCGGACAGCAAACAGCAGAUAAAGUUUGAAGACAUAGCAGUGAGUCUAGGUAUGACAGCCAUUCAACAACAGCCACCCAAAGCUCCCGACUGCCUGUUUGACCAGUAUGAUCCAAACAUGAAAAUUUGGAUUCCGGGCUCCUUUUGCAUCGUGGAAAUCAGUUCCGGAGCGGCAGCAACCGCUGACUACGAUGGUGACGGGCUCAUGGAUAUUUACUAUGCUCGUAUGGAUGGUCCUGAUCAAUUGUGGCGUAACCUUGGCAACGGAACUUUCAAAGACUUCACCGCUGCUGCCAACCUGAGCUCCACGGCUUUUCAUCGUUCGUCGGCAGUUGCUUGGUUGGAUGUUGACAACGACGGUGACAUGGACCUCUACAUAGGCACCAUGGCAGAGAGCAAAUUUGUUUUGUACAUUAAUGAUGGGAUGGGCCAUUUUAAAGAUGAGGCAGAGGAGAGGGGCGCUGCUUUGAGGCCUACAAUAGCACCCUACAAAACAAGCACCAUGACAAUUGCAGUUGGAGACUACGACAAAGACGGCUGGCUGGAUGUUUACACAACGGAGUGGCUUCCUCAUCUUGAUCUCGGCUUCGACUACAAAAACUACACUCAUUCUAACUGCCGCUUGCUUAGAAACCUUGGCGCGCAAGGCAAACCGGGAUACUUUGAAGAUGUAACCGAAGGUGCGGGACUGGGUAAUACCAAGGAACCAAGCGUAGCUGCAGAUAGAUUCGGUGGAGUGGAUGUGAGGUAUUAUGGAGUAAUGAACACAGGGCUUCUUAGAGACAUCAUCCCAGGACCAUUCACACUAGCAGCCAUGUUCACUGAUUUGGACGGUGAUGGUUAUCAAGACCUGAUAGUAAAUGGGGACUUCAAAACAAGCGCCAUUCACUGGAAUAACGGGGACGGAACUUUCACAGAGGCGACUGACUCGAGUGGUGUUGGAACGGACGAGAAUGGUAUGGGUUCCACUGUAGCCGACUAUGAUCUUGACGGCCGGCAGGAUUGGUUCAUAAGCAGCAUCCACAUGUCGGCUGAACAAAUGGAGCCAUUUAGAGAAGUCUAUCUCGGUGGAGGAAUCAUCUUUGGACACACUGGAAACAGGCUUUUCAGGAAUGAAGGAGGUCGUAAAUUCUCGGACCAGACUGACUCGGUCGGUGUUCGCUAUGGGAACUGGGGAUGGGGUGCAUCCUUCUUUGACUUCGACAACGAUGGCGACCUAGAUCUUAUCCACACGAAUGGCUUCGAUGAUCCAGAGGUGACGGACACAGAUUUUCUUCAUCACACUCCAACCCGUCUAUACCAAAAUAUGUAUUUUGAGGACAAUAACGGCCAAAUUAGAUUUGAGGAAGUUGGCCAAAAACUGGGCGUCAAUGAUGUUUUCGACGGGCGAGGUGUUUUUAUCUUCGACUACGAAGAAGAUGGUGACUUAGACGUUUUCAUCGCCAACAACGCAAACCGUCCUGUUCUUUAUCGAAAUAUUGGCGGCAACAGAGUUGAUUACAUUCGCGUCAAAGUUAUGGAGGCCAGCGUCGACAGGGAAAGUUAUGGCGCAUGCGUCUACCUGUACUCACCUCGACUAGAAAAGGAAGUUCUUCGCGAAGUGCGAAGCUCAUCCGGGUUCGCAGCCCAAGGAGAAUACGUUGUUCACUAUGGGCUGGGUUCAGAAACCGCUGACACUUUCCGAAUCCGCAUUUAUUGGCCAGCCACUAACAAUACUCGGAUUAUUCACAACGUGCCCAGGAGAUCUUCCCUUGUUGUGCGAGAUAUCUGGGGUCAUCGCAAUACAGUUGAGGAGACAACGUCCCCCAGUGAGUCGGUUCCAGGUUGCACCAAUUUAUUAGUGAAAGAAGUGACCCGGAAACCAGAGCAUGGUCAGGUGAUUGUAGGAUCCAAGCACGUGACAUACUAUCCAGACGCAGAUUUCUCUGGCGAAGAUAGCUUCAACUAUGCUGUUAGUGACGGAGUUGGCACAGCUAUCGCCACAGUGAACGUCAAGGUCAAUAAAGUGGAGACCCCUGCUCCAUCUCCUGAGCAAUUGUUAGAAAAGUUUGCCCGCUUGGACGCAGUCAACAACAACCCAAUCGAUCCCGACUGCGGUAAGCCACUUAUGCCGCUACAGCGCUUGUUUCCCCCAGCCUAUGCUGACGGGUUCGACGCACCUGCGGGCUCAAACAGAUCAAGCCCACGACUUAUAUCUAAUGUUGUCUGCGAUCAGCGCACUGAUGUAUUCAGCAAAAUCGGUCUGAAUGACUUCCAUAUGCACUUUGGUCAGAUGUUAGCCCAUGACACUGAUUUUGCAACACCUUACGCCAAUUUUCUGACCACUGAUAACCUGGGCAUUCAAAUUCCAGAAGGUGACCCUUGGUUCGACCCGCAUGGUACAGGCAAAGAAAUAAUGCGAUUUAGAAGAUCCGGCAUCCUUCAGACUAGCGGGAAAAUGCAUGGUAGACCGCGUGAACAGAUCAACAAGGUUACAGCAUUCAUUGACCUGUCUCUAGUUUAUGGUUGCGAUGAAGGGCGAGCAGAAGUUCUACGAACAAUGAAAAACGGUAAAUUGAAACACCAAUCUAGUGAUAUUCUAAACUUUAAAACCAAAGAAGUCACCAACUUAAACCUCCUGAAUGGACCACGUGAAAAAAUGCUCGUGUCUGGAGACAACCGAGUAAAUGUGCAACCUGGCCUCAUCGCGCUUCACACGCUUUGGUCACGUGAGCACAAUCUUAUCUGCGAUGAGCUAAUGAAGCAUCCCGGGAACGAAAAUAUGGACGACGAGACUUUGUUCCAGCACGCAAGAGCCUUAGCUCGAGCCAAGUGGCAAAAGAUAGUCUGGACUGAGUUUUUGCCAACCGUCAUCGGCCUGGCCGAGUAUGAAAAACUGGGCGCCUACCAAGGAUACAACGCCUCCAUUAAGGUUGGCAUCUUCAACGAGUUCGCCACGGCGGCUUUCAGAUUCGGCCACAGUCAAGUUGGAAAUAUCAUGCCGCGAUUGGACGAAGACUGGGCCAUGAUAGGACAUGGUCACCUAACUCUACGUGACGCGUACUUCAAUCCAGGGCGAGUGCUCCGUGAAGGUGGAAUUGAACCGCUGAUAAGAGGCAUGUUGACACAGAAAGCUCAGGAAGUUGACUUAAAGUUUUCAGACUCUGUGCGAAACUUCUUGUUUGGAACCAACACAAUGGGUCUUGACCUCGUGGCUAUCAACAUACAGAGAGGUAGGGACCACGGUAUUCCAGAUUACAACACCGUGCGGGAAGGACUUGGCUUGUCAAGACGUAAAACCUUCUCUGAAAUAUCUCCUGAAAAGCAUCUUCAAGAAAGGCUUGCGCAAAUUUACCCAGACAUAGAUGAUGUUGACCUGUGGAUCGGUGGACUGGCAGAGCCUCAUGUCGAUGGCGGAUGUGUCGGGGAAACUUUCGCUCGAAUCAUAGCUCUUCAGUACCGGGUUUUACGUGACGGAGACCGCUUUUGGUACGAAAAUACAGACACAGCUCUCUAUCAACUCAAGGACAGAACCACUUUACCGACCCAAGGAACUAGCAUGGUGGAAGUUUUGUUUAGGAAUACGGGCAUCAAGUGGAAAAAAUCUCCCUUCAUCGCCAAAGACAUGUAAUCUCACAAAUACCAGUUGAAACCACCACAAUGUCCGCUGAUGGGGAGGGACAUACGUCAAUCAGACUGAGCGACGACGCACAGAUUUGCCAUGAUGGUCGCUGAAGUAGGGCAUGUGGCAGUCGUGUGUAACGUGAACACAUGUUUGGAUACUUAACAAAUUUACGCGAAUUUGAGACUAAGUUGGAAACACUCUGAUGAUACGAACGAUCGUUACGAAAUCAUAGUGCUAUAUCGGUAUUAUUACAAUCUCACUUGUUCCAAACAAAGUUUUGUUCGUAGUAAGUUGUGCUCGGUAUAAUUUUAAUCAGAUGAAAUGACGGUGAUAUCUUCUAAACAUAGGUAACUGUUUGUUUAUGACAAGAUAUUCCUUGCCAGACAAUCAAUUUAAAAUCGAUGAAAUUGACUCUUAUUUUUGGUUUUAUGCAGCAUGCACAAUUUAGAACAAUAUCUCAUUUAAUUUUUUGUCUGCAAUGAGGAAGUAGAUACUGCCUUCCUCUCAGAAUCUUUAUGCUGGAGUAAAUUGAUGAUUUUGCUUUUGGAGGCAUAAAAAAUCGUAGAAAUUCUUCAUUGCCCCAAUUCUAUGUUUACACAAUUGAGGGAAAUUGCCAAAAGUUAAGGAUCUUCGUGAUAUCGACAUUGCGCUGUAUUCUGAACUGACAUGUAACUGUAGAUAGCACCGUAGAGACUUAGAAUAUGCUUAAUCAUACCUUUAAUAACACCUAGAGGUAAGCAAGGGCCCGUUUCUCGAAAGUCCCGGUAACUUUACGGGCCCGUAACUAUGUUUUAAAAUCAAAAUUUAAAGGAUAGCA